CUUUGGACAGUUAUUGAGUGCUCCUCGUAAAAAAAUAUUAAAAGAAAUUUUUGAGUUUUAAAAAAAUUAUAAAACACAUUUAAUUUUAAAGAUAUAAAUCAAAUAUGACAGCAAUAAUGGAAGUUCUGAAAAGUGAAAUAGAUACAAAUGAUGUCUUUGAAAUUGUAGAGACAAACUUUUUUACAACCACAAUUCGGAAACUUAUAUUUUCUCCUAAAACUCCUGUGGUCGAGCACGCAAUUUCAAGUGACGACAAACUUAAUCAAAUUUCAUUAUCUGAUGUUGCUUUGCAUGAUACAUCUGAUGACUGCUGGAUUGUGAUUUAUGAUCGUGUUUACGAUGUUACAAACUUUUUUGAUAAUCAUCCUGGUGGAAUUGAUGUUAUGCUGGAAUAUGCCGGACGGGACUCUUCAGUUGCUUUCGCUGGACACUCAAAUUUUGCUUUAAGUAUGCUUAAACAAUAUGAAAUCGGAAUUUUACCUCCAAAUGAGCGUAUGUAUAGAUAUCCAGCUACAUUAAGCCUUUCAUACCAAAUUCCAGAUUAGUGGAUUAACAAAUAUUGUAAGUCUUUAUUGAAACAUUUAAUAUAUAGAUAAGGAAGUUAUAUAUAAAAAAAGAUGCAGUGAGAUGACGUUGUAAUUGUGACGAGGAGAAAAUGUGCUCUCAUGUAAACAAAAAACUAUGAUUGAUAACUCUACAGAUUAUAGUUUGUCAAAAAAAUGUGACUGAUAUCUUUUUAAAAAUAUUCUUAUUCACAGCUUUGCUCUUUAGACAUUCUCAUCAAGAUAAUUAUUGGUUUUUAG